CCCCCGAAGGAGAGACCCCGCUGCCCCCAGAGCGUCGGCUCUUACCCGGGCCCGUCUUGCUGCAGAGCCCUUUGUGGCUCCCCGGGCCGCUGGGGCCGGGUGCCCGCCGCUCAGCCUGACCACAGCCCUGGGGCGGGGGGAGUGCGGCGCCCCCCGGGCCGUCCUGUGCUGACCACGGCCCCCGCGUGAGGACGCCUGCCCUGGCUGCCGUGCAGACCCCAGAGAUCAGCGGCUGCCCGGGAGGGGGAAGGGCAGGAAGUGACCCCGUGCCGGAGGCCAGGGCUGGGCCGAGACCCCUGACUCCCAGAGCCUGGGCUUCUGGGAUGGAACUGAAAUGGCCCUUGGGGCAUUCGAAUAGAGCGAGGACCAGGAAGGGACAGGCGGCCCGACGGUUGUAGCCACAAGAGGCAGUGCUGCCCCGGCGCCCGGCUCUGAGCCCGCUGUGACAGGUGGACAGACGCACCCCAGAGCUGGCCCUCCUGCGUCUGCCACGGCCUGGUCAGUUUCCUGGGCUUCCUGCUGCUGCUGCUCACCUUCCCCAUCUCCGGCUGGUUCGCCCUGAAGAUUGUGCCCACCUACGAGCGGAUGGUGGUGUUCCGGCUGGGCCGCAUCCGGACGCCCCAGGGGCCGGGCAUGGUCCUGCUCCUGCCGUUCAUCGACUCCUUCCAGAGGGUGGACCUGCGGACCCGCGCCUUCAGCGUCCCGCCCUGCAAGCUGGCCUCCAAGGACGGGGCCGUGCUGUCCGUGGGGGCCGACGUGCAGUUCCGCAUCUGGGACCCGGUGCUGUCGGUGAUGACGGUGAGGGACCUGAACGCGGCCACGCGGCUGACGGCCCAGAGCGCCAUGACCAAGGCCCUGCUCAAGCGGCCGCUGCGCGAGAUCCAGACGGAGAAGCUCAAGAUCAGCGACCAGCUCCUGCUGGAGAUGAAUGACGUGACCAGGGCCUGGGGCCUGGAGGUGGACCGUGUGGAGCUGGCGCUGGAGUCCGUGCUGCCGCCGCCCCAGGACGGCCCGGCCGCGCCCAGCCUGGACAGCACCCUCCAGCAGCUGGCCCUGCACAUCCUGGGGGGAGGCGCCCCGCCCCCGGGGCCAGCAGACACCCUGGAGAUGCUGAGUGAGGUGGAGCCGCCUGCCGCGCAGGCUGCAGCCGGGCCCAGCCCGAAGGAGCCUGUGGCCGAGGGGCUGCUCACUGCCCUGCAGCCCUUCCUGUCCGAGGCCCUGGUCAGCCAGGUCGGUGCCUGCUACCAGUUCAACAUCGGCCUGCCCGGCGGCACCCAGAGCAUCUACUUCCUGGACCUCAGCGCAGGCCCAGGGAAGGUGGGGCGUGGUGUGCCCGAGAGCGUGCCCGACGUGGUGGUGGAGAUGGCGGAGGCGGACCUGCGGGCCCUGCUGUGCAGGGAGCUGAGGCCCCUGGGGGCCUACAUGAGCGGGCGGCUGAAGGUGAAAGGCGACCUGGCCGUGGCCAUGAAGCUGGAGGCGGUGCUCAGGGCCCUGAAGUAGCACCGUGGCGGACACCCGUGGCCCAGGCUGGGCUGGCAGCAAGCCGGGGGCCUCUUGGAGGAAGCGGCAGCUUCGGCAUGGGAGAAGCGAGGCCCAAGAAGCAUCAGGGAGCCCGAGGCUGGGGCCCUUGGGUGGAGCCCAUGCUUCUCACCGAUGGUGGUUCUUGGGACCAGCUUUCGCCAGUGCCCAGCCCUGUGCUGGCUGUAGGGCCCAGCGGGAGAACCUGCAUCUGACUGGACAGGCAGGUUGCACGGACACAUGGUCAGGCCCUGUGCUCUGAGGAGUGCUGGGGGACGGGGAGGGCCCCUGCGGUCAGGCCCCGGCCGGUGGGGUGGCCCUGAGGCUCCUGGCCCCGUCCCCAGCCUUGCAUGCUGGACAGGCUGGCCAGGGCAGCAUGUGGGAGGGCCCUGGGUUCUUGGAAGCCCCAGACAAAUAAAUGUGGUGUUGACAGCGCGUGGGAGAGGAGGAGGAGGAGGUGGGAAGAGCAGGCUGUGG